AACCUAUCGUUGAUUUAUAGCACAUAUUUGGCAAACAUUUUGUAGAAACAAAUCAAUGAAUUCAAUGAAUACGUUAAACAUGUGUUGAUUUGUUGACAAAUGUCUAAAAGUAUUGCCGAUUAUCGCCGAUCACUGACUGACUACUAAAAUGGCCACAAAUUAUUCGGACGACGAAAAUGACGGACUUCUCGGCACACCAUUUGCUCCGUUAGCUGACGACCAGAUUGUCAGCAAAAAGCCUGACUUAGAUCUAACUGUUCGCGACUCUCGCGGUCGGCGAAGAUUUCACGGAGCCUUUACCGGCGGGUUCUCUGCCGGACACUUCAAUACUGUCGGAUCUGAAGCAGGAUUUACACCAUCUCUAUUCAUCUCCAGUCGCAGUCAACGAUGGGAUCAAUCACUUGUUCAACGAAAGCCCGAAAACUUCAUGGACUCGGAGGACUUGGAUGUGUUUGGAAUCGCUCCCAAACGGAUCACCACUAAAGACAAGUUUGCCGAACAAGAGUUCGCAGGUUUUCGUGAAAACGAUUCACUUAUCGAUGUUUUGAAAUCAGUCAUCAAACCAUCUGUCGAAUCAAUUGGUCUUCAAUUAUAUAAACGCAUGAAAUUGAGUGCAAAAACUGAAAACAAACAUAAAGACGAUGUGAUCUAUGGAUGUGAAGAACCAUUGAUAAGGAAUUCAAUUAAUGAUUUGAAAAACAUAUAUAAACCAAAAGAUGAUUUUCAUGGCAUUGGAUAUCAAUCGAUAGCAGAAGGAAGUGAUAACAAUGAGUCCCGAGUUUUAAAUGGCGUUUCGGCUACUCUUAAAAGCGGACGUAAACUAAAAAUUUCUGGCGAAGCCUUUGGAUAUGGAGUUCUUGACGAUGAUAUCGAAGAAGAUGCCAUUGUUUAUCAUAAGGAUGACUUAACUCAAUAUGAUUUUGAAAUUGGUUCCGUUAAACCUGACAAUAAAAAUAAGAAAAAAGAUAAACACAAAGCCAUAGAUAUAUUGAAGAGUGAUAUCAUUAAAGGUUUCACUAAAUGCUCGACAAAAGUUAAUUUAAUUCAAAAUUUAUGUCAAAAAUAUCCGAUUCCUAUUUUACCGCAUAAUUGGAGACCCAAUAAUCGCGAAACUAAAUCACAUAAUGAACGUAAAUCACGAUGGGAUCAGUUAAAAGUCUCACAAAAUACUAGCACUACCGGUAAUAGUGUUGGAAGUGAUAGUAAAUCAAAUACAAGUAAUCCUGUUUUAAAUGCAAAUAUCAGAGCUAUUAUUUUAGGAGAAGAAAUAAUCCAUAAACAGGGUUUCAAAAAGAUUGAGACUAAAGAUUUUGAACUAAAUAUAGUCAAAGAUAAGGAAAAAUUAAGUGAAAAGAAAAAUGAACCGAAUUAUAAAAAACCUUUGACUGGGUUUUUUGGCAAUAAGUUUACCAGAAGUAGUAAUGAAUCAGAAGAAAGUACAUUAGCUGGAGGUCUGACUGCUUUUAAAGAUACAAAAGAAGUUAAAAAUACUGAACAAGAAGUCAACAAAAGUGAUAAAAGUUUUAAAAUCGAGAGAACAACAUAUGAAUGGCAUCCACACAACCUGUUGUGCAAACGUUUUAAUAUACCUAAUCCUUAUCCACAAUAUCCUGAUGUUGUCGGUGUAGUUACUGUAGGAAAAUCUGAUGUCAGAAACAGAACAUCACAUGUAAACGACAAGAAGAAUAAAUUUAAUUUAUUUGACAAUUUGUUUGACAAACAACUGGUCACAGAAUCGUCAAUUGAUAUUUCUAAAGACGAAAAUACUAAAAGUUAUGAACAAAAUUCUGGAACAGCUGUUUCUAAAAGUCUUAACAAUAGAGAAACUGAAAACAUUGUGAAAGAAAAUGAAGAAGAAUUGAUUCGACCGCCGAUUGACUUAUUUAAAGCAAUAUUUGCUUCGGACGAUGAAAGUGAUGAAGAAAAUAGUGAUAAUAAUGACAAAGAAAUUAAUAAUGAAAUCACAGAAAAAACUGUCAUAACUUCCAGUGACUUAAAGACAACUUCAACACUGAAUUCAAGUAAAAGAAGUGGAAUUUUUGCUGACAUAGAUUUCGAUCAAUUAAAUAGAAAUUUUACACAUGUUUUGCAUUCAAAUAAAACGCAAAAUGAUAAACAAAUAGAAAGUGUAAAUAAUUGCGAAAUCAUUGAAAGUGUAGAUCAAAUCAAAUUAGAUCCAACACCUCAACAAAGUGUUGUAAAUGAUAGUGAUAUUUAUGGUCCGGCACUUCCACCCGAUUCUAGUUUUUUAGUUUCUUCUUUCGAUAAUUCAAGUAAUAAAUUGAUUGAUUUCAAAGAGAAGACAUCCAAACGCAAGAAAAGUGAACACAAAAAGCAUAAGAAACAUAAAAAACAUAAAUCAAAUCACAAACAUAAGAGACAUCGCAGCUCAUCAACAGAUUCUUCAGAUAUUGAUUUGAAACUAAUAAAACAUCUGAAAAGUUCUCGUAAAUAA